AACCCGGCACAGUCGGGAGCCCGGCGGGUUACGCUGCCGGAUGAGGGAGGCGAUGGAGCCGGAGCCGGAGGUGCUGCUGCAAGAAGCCCGCGAGAACGUGGAGGCGGCGCAGAGCUACCGGCGGGAGCUGGGCCAGCGGCUGCAGGGGCUGCGGGAGGCGCAGAGGCAGAUAAAAGAGAGUGCUUCACAGACAAGAGAUGUCCUCAAACAUCAUUUUAGUGAUUUAAAGGGAACCCUUGGAAAGCUGUUGGAUGAGCGAUUGGUGACCCUUUUGCAAGAGGUGGACACCAUUGAACAGGAGACCAUCAAACCAUUAGAUGACUGCCAGAAGCUCAUAGAGCAUGGAGUUAACACCGCGGAUGACCUGGUCCGAGAAGGUGAGAUCGCCAUUCACGGAGGUAUAGAAGAACAUAAUGAUAAAUUGUGGAAUUUUACCAAAAAGGCCUCACACAUUCAGUUGGACAGCUUACCAGAAGUGCCUUUGCUAGUUGAUGUACCCUGUUUAUCUGCUCAGUUGGAUGAUUCCAUUCUUAACAUAGUGAAAGACCACAUUUUUAAGCAUGGAACAGUAGCUUCCCGCCCACCAGUACAGAUUGAAGAAUUAAUAGAGAAACCUGGAGGCAUCAUAGUGCGAUGGUGUAAGGUGGACGAUGACUUUACAGCUCAAGAUUACAGGCUCCAGUUCCGUAAAUGUACUGCAAAUCAUUUUGAAGACGUGUAUGUAGGUUCUGAAACUGAAUUCAUAGUGUUGCACAUAGACCCCAAUGUUGAUUAUCAGUUCAGAGUCUGCGCCCGAGGAGAUGGCCGGCAGGAGUGGAGUCCUUGGAGUGUUCCCCAGACCGGUCACUCCACACUGGUGCCUCAUGAGUGGACGACUGGCUUUGAGGGGUACAGUCUGAGCAGUCGGAGGAACAUAGCACUCCGAAAUGAUGCCGAGUCCUCGGGUGUCCUCUACUCCAGCGCUCCCACCUACUUCUGCGGGCAGACCUUAACGUUCAGAGUUGAAACUGUGGGGCAGCCAGACAGAAGAGACAGUAUAGGAGUGUGCGCAGAAAAGCAGAACGGCUAUGACUCUCUGCAGCGGGAUCAAGCUGUGUGCAUAAGCACAAAUGGUGCAGUUUUUGUCAAUGGAAAAGAAAUGACUAAUCAGUUGCCUGCGGUUACCUCUGGGUCCACUGUCACAUUUGACAUCGAAGCUGUGACUCUAGGAACUGCCAACAGCAGUGAAGGAGGCGGUGUCAAGCUCCGAGUAACCAUCAGCUCCAGUAACAGGGAGGUGGUGUUUGAUUGGCUGCUUGACCAGUCCUGCGGCUCUCUUUACUUCGGAUGUUCAUUUUUCUAUCCUGGAUGGAAAGUGCUGGUGUUUUAGCAUUUUGAGGGCUUGGCUUUGGUUUGCUGUUUCUGUCCUCAGCCGAGUUGGAUCUGACUUUAAAAAGGUGAAUUAUCUCUUGGACCACCAGAAAUGGAAAGUGUUGCUGGAUUUGCAUUGUAAUAUUUCAGUAAGAGACCUGGUGUGGCGACACACACCUUAAUCCCAGCACUUGGGAGGCAGAAGCAGGUGAAUCCCACCUGAUCUACAGAACAAGUUCCAGGACAGCCAGGACUGUUACACUGAGAAACUAUACUUUGAGCCCCCCUCCCCCCAAAAAAGUAGUAUUUCAGUAAGAAGUAAGCUGAAUGGCGUGGACAAAAUCAUAGUUCAGUUUUGUUUUUAGCAUAAAUAUCAAACUAGCUUUAAAGUCUGCAUUCUUUUCCUCUGUUCCUAAAGUCGGUCGAUAGAACAGAAGAAUGUCACACCAUUAAAUCUUCAGCAAGAUCAGAGGCUGAGAAAACAGCAGGAAAGACAGCUAGAGCCCGGGACUCUAUAAUCCUUGUCCAGUCUUAUGUCGUUGCCCCUCCCACCCCCUUAGGGCACUAACUGUUCCUCUGUUCAGCAUCUCUGGGUCUGCGAAGUUAGUGGAUUCUGCAUUUUUACAGCACCUGAGCAAGUGUCUGCCGUAGCCAGUGUUAGCGUCCUCUGUCUUUCCUGGCAGUAUGAGACAAGACACAGGACGGAGGGUCUGUAUUCCUCACAGUGAAGCCACUUACGGAAAUACACAGCAGUGUUAGUCGGGUCACAUGUGCACAGCAUGCUCCCGUGUGCACCCUGCCACAGCCGUGCACGUGGGACCAUGCAGAGUGUCAUGGUCCAGUGUAAUAUCAGGUUGAGAAAUGGUCUUUUAAAGGACCAAAGAAAUAGCAGGUAAAUACUUGACCUAUUUUUUUUUUAAACUUAAAUUUGUGUAAAAUAUUUAUUUGACUGACUUAAUAUGUAAAAAAUUGUGGUCUUAACUUGUUAUACCAGCAUACAGAUAAGUUUUAAUGUGAAUUUUUUCUUUUGUUUUUACCAGUAGUAAAAAAGUGGAAAAGCAA